AUGAAAUCACUAUUCUUAACCGGUCCACCGCGUGUUGGAAAAACCACAUUAAUUGCAAAAUUAAUUUCUCACUUUAUAGAGAAGCAUCCGGAAAUCUCACUCCGCGGAUUUUACACGGAACAAGUAACUUCUACCACCUCUGGAACAAGAAUUGGAUUCGAUGUCAUAACCUUGGACGGAAAACGUGGUGCGUUAGCAAGGAAAGCUUAUAAUCAGUCAGUGGGUCAUAGUCGAGCCAAUAACGCAACACAAUUUAGGGUUGGUGAUUAUUUAGUGGAUGUGAAAGAGUUUGAAAGGCUAGCCAUUCCAAGUGUUCGAAUUGAUUUCGAUAAACUUGAAAAUGCGGAAGGCGAAAAAAUUGAUGUGAAAGAUCUAAAUAAAAAAUUUCUCAUAGUAAUCGAUGAAAUUGGAAAGAUGGAAAGUUUUUCAAAAGAUUUCGAAAAUAUUAUAAGAGAUUUGAUAUUUGACAAGGCGAACAUCACCAUCGAUGUUGACCAUUGUUGCAUACUCGGUACGGUGGCAUUAAAACUCAAUUAUGGAUUGGCUAAAGAAAUUAAAGAUGCAGGUAGAUUGGAUGAAAAUGUUAAAAUAUGGGAAGUCACCUAUCAGAAUAGGAAUAAUGUGAACGAUCUGGUUAAAGAGUUAGAAAUAAUGUUGAAAAUUUGA